UAUAUCCUCUCACCCCAUAUACAGUUAUUUUCCUUCAGGAUAAUUCCCUGGAAGAGAUGGUCGCUAGACUUGAGGGUGUGCCGCCUCCAUUUGAACCCCCAAAUAAACUGGUGUGUGCCCCCUUAUGCCUGCUCAGCGGGUAGUAAACUUGAAAACUGGCACUGAAGAAGUUGUUGAGAAAGCUUUGUACCUUGAAGGGAGACGGAACGAUUCAUCAGAGAGGAAGGAACGAAGGAAGAAAUGGGUAAUGAGUAUGUUGGAUGGCUAGAGAUCAGGAGUUGUUGAGCUUGUCUCCGUAGCAGGCAUCUUGGAUUGACAUUUUUGCAUGUUAUUUGGUACUGUCUUCUAAUUUUAUAUCAGUUCUGGUUGAAGCCAAAAAGCCUGCUAUGAAGGCCAGGUGGAGAAGAAAUACAAAAGGCAGUUUAAUAAGGAAAGAAAAACAAAACAAAUGCAAGCGGUUGGUUGACAUCAGUUGAACUAGUGUAAGAGAUCGAAACAAGGUAUGGAAUUUGCUGUAUCUGUAUAUUUGUACAGUUGCGCAGAAUAAAAACAACCCAGUGCGUUCAGUUUUUGUCGUUACCUUAUUAUCUUAAGUAACCAACGUCACCUGUUUCAUUUUAUUCUCCGUGUAUUGUCAUGGACAAUUAUUUAAACCUGAACAAACCAACCAGUACUCAGGCUUGAUAAAAUCUCAAUCAUUGUGAUGGUGAAAUGUUCUGCAUAAUGAAACAUUUGUCGUUCAUACAUGCUACAGGCGAGAAUAAAAUAGGCUAGCUUGCUGUCCUAAGUACUAAACGUUUUUUUCUCAUUUGAGCAGUCAUAUUGGCGAAUCUAGUUUAUGAACGUCAUACAACUUUCAAAAUCAAUUUUUUUUGUUUAACAAGGUUUGGGUAAACAUUGGCAGUGAUGCUUCAGAAAUUUAACUCGUCGGCUUUCUUAUUUCAUGGAUGCUUCGACAUCCCUGGCAUAGCGUGACAUGAAGGCUGAAACGAGAGCUUCCUGUUUUGUUGUAACGUUUCCUUGGGAUUAACGUCACUGAAUGUCGGAGGUCAUGGAUAGAUCCACAUGAUCAUGACGUAAAUUUUCGGCUUGAGCAGGAGACAUAAAAUUACUGCAAGAAUCAAGUUUCCGUGGCGUUUCGAAAAUGUAACAAGUACACUGAUUACAUUUGCUGAAGCCUGCGGCUAUGGACUCGAAGAAGACUAAGGAGGAGGCGCUACUGGACGCUGCCAAGCGCGGCAACAUGGCCAGAGUUGAGCAGAUACUGUCUGAGGGGAUAAGCCCUGACAGUACUGAUAAAAAAGGUAUCACUGCCCUUUUCUACGCAGUCGGUAGAGGGCAUACAGGAGCAAUACAGGUCCUGAUCAAAUAUGGAGCAAAUCCCAACGCACGGGAUAAAAAUGGUAACUCGCCACUUCACGAAGCAGCACAGAAUGGCUACACCGAGGCCAUGAAAAUGUUACUAGAAGCUGGCGCCGACCCCAAUACAAGCGAUAGCUAUGGCGUUACACCACUUCAUGAUGCGGCUAUAUGUGGGCACCACAAGUGUGUAGCGCAACUACUAGCAGCAGGAGCAGACGCCAAUAGUAAGAAUAAAGGUGGUAAGAGAGCAGAUGAGGUGAUUGGGAAGGACUUCAGAUACGGAAAGAGAGUUUCAGCCAAAGAAAGAAAGGCCAUAAUGAAAGUUUUUGAGGAACAUAAAGCCUCACAGGACCAAGGGGCUGUACCAACGGAGGUAGACCUAGGAGGCCCUGAAAUGAGAGCUCUGUAUGACCGUGCCUGUGAAGAGGGUGUUACCGAGGUCUAUAGUACUAGGUUUGUACUUAUUGGAAAGUACGGUAACGGAAAAACCAACCUGGUUGGUAGUCUUAUGGGAGAGGACUUUGAACCGGACUGGAAAAUCACUGAUGGGAUCGCAAUCCAUCCAUGCGUCAUGACCAAGACACAGCAAUGGAAAAAGAUCGAAGGUCUCCAGGAUCAGUUUCCGUAUGUUGUCGCAGAGCAGAUGAAAAAACUGCAGACCCAAAAGCGAGGGCAUGAAGAAGGAGAACAGUCGAAGACAUCACAGCCAGAGCAGCAUGUCGAGGGGCCAGCUGACUCCGAGCAGCUUGACACUCCACGUGGUGGGGUAGAAAAAAUUGGUAAAAGUUCCUCUACGGAAGUGCUCGCAUCCGAGGAGCUGCCUGACUUACUUAAGGAAGCACAGAUCACUGACAAGCCGCCCGAGGCACCGGAGAGCUUUCUUACAGCAGCAAAAAUCCUCCAAGAAAAAGACGCCCAGGCAAACCCAACAGGUACAAGAGAACACCCACAGAUUUCUAUCUGGGAUUUUGGAGGGCAGGAAAUAUUCUACAGCACCCAACAGGUCUUCUACACCCAUCGAGCCAUUUACGGUCUUACCCUGAAUCUCGCUAAACCUUUGCACGCCCCGGUUGAUUCAAGCACUGUGGGUGGAGGUCCAGCAAGCCAAUGUAUUGAGGAAAGAGACUUCAUCGAUUAUCAUCUGGAAUCCAUUCGAGCUCACACAAGGCCAUUGCGAGAUGAAGAGACAACAGGAAAGCGAGACAUCGAGCCACCUGUGGUCGUCAUCGGCACGCACAGUGACCAAGUCACUAAGGAAAGUAAAGAAGAAUAUCACAGCAGCAUCAGACGGCACUUGAAAGGCAGGCUCAUUGACAAACAUGUAAGGGACAGGUACUUUUUUGUGGAUAACACGAAACGGAAUCCAGAAGACCCAGAAGUGACAAACCUAAGGCACUUCAUCUUAGACAUUGCCAGACAGCAGAGCUACAUGGGAGAGAAGAUUCCAAUCAAGUGGCUGGAAUUAAGGUCAAAGUUGUUAGAGAUGUAUAAGCAGGGUACACGGUACUGCAAUAUGGAGAGGGUGAUGGAAGCAAUGGGUACUGGAGUCACGUCAGAGGACAACGCCAUUGGUAUUCUGCAAUUCCUACAUCUCAGAGGAGACAUCAUCUUCUUUCCCACUCAGAGUCUCCGGAACUUUGUGAUCCUUGAUCCGCAGUGGUUAGUUGAUGUCUGCAAAACCAUCAUCACCAUCCCACUGUACCGGGAUCCGGCGGUGAAAGAGGAAUGGGACCGGCUGAAGGAAACUGGGGAGCUGACAGAUCGACUGAUAGAGUAUGUGUGGACACACAGAAAGGAAGCUCUUCAGUACAAUCUAAUUGAGUAUAAGCAAGAACUGCUGGACAUUAUGGACAAGUUUGAUCUCGUCCUUCAGUGCCAUGGGUAUGAAGAUAGGGAGAAGAGUCCUGGUGGUGACGAGUCAGCAGAGACAACAUACUUCGUCCCCUCGCUGUUGACCACAGAGCCUGACUUUGCGAAGCUUUAUCCUCCGGGUAUAGCACGCAGCAAGCCCAUAUUCAUUGUAUUUGAUGGUAAAUUCUGUCCAGUUGGGCUUUACCACCGCUUAGUCAUAUGCUGCAUGCGUCGGCACAGCAAGGUAAAACCACAGCUAGCGUACGCAAGAUGUGCAAGGUUCAUCACAACCAAUCGCAAGCAGACCUUUCUUGUCACAAAAGAGCGAUUCUAUCUGAGGAUUGAGUUGCUCUCGUCAGUCAAGGCUGAGGCAAGUCGGUUCAGUCAUGGUCCAAGCGUAAAGGAAGGUCUGGAUGAAGAUCUAAAGGAACUCAUCCACAAGUGGAUACCAGGCAUCAGCUACAAAUGGUGCCUUAGAUGCAGCUGUGAGAGUCAUGAAGGGAAAGAAGAUGCUGAACGCUUUCUCCCCAUUACUGAAGCAAGCGUUGCUGAAUGCUUUAGUGAUGGAGAAGUCGUGUGUGAAACCUACGCACCGGCAACUGCCACCAGCCAAGAUAUAGGUCUUGCCGACUGGUUUCAGGAUCCAUAUUCACAAGGUGGCAACGGAUGGGGGAAAGCGCAGCCGGCGCCACUUGAAACAUCGGAUAUUACGUCACCGCUAGCAGCUGUGCCGAGUUUGCAGAGAUGUUUCAACAUCGUCGUCAGAGACGCUUGCCCCAAAUGGCGAGAGCUCGGCCACCAUCUUGACCUCCCGUCAGCAAAUAUCGACGAGAUUGAAGAGCGCUACCGCGGGGACCCGAGGAAGUGUUGCAGGGCUGUUUGCGAUCGGUGGGUUCAGGUAAAUGGCAGCCGCGCAACCAUACAGAGACUGAGGGAUGCACUUGUUUCCAUCAGGGAGGUGCCAACGGUCGAGGCGAUUGACGACAUGCUACAGCUUACAGAAGACACGUCGAAGUCAAGCAAAACAGAGCCUGCAGGGGUUACGCUUUCACCAGAAGUAGCUCCAGAGGAUUGUUUUCCUGUCAUUGUGGAAGACGUGUGUCCACGAUGGACUGAGCUCAGCCGCCAACUUGGUCUUACUGAGGCGCAAGUUGACCAAGUCAGUGAGAAGCAUCAAGGGGACCCGCGUGAGUGUUGCUGGGAAGCUCUCAAACUUUGGAUUCAAAUGGCAGGUAAAAGUGCCAGUGUGGAGAGUUUAAAAGAUGCUCUUGUGUCGGCGGAAGAGAUCGCUACAGCAGAGAAACUCGCUACGAGUUUUAGAAAGUGAUUCAAAAUGAUGAAAGAUCUCCGGUACAUUGUUGAUUCACUUCUUAUAAAGUUCUAUUGAAUUACACAGAAAAAAGAAUGGAUCCAAUGACUACCAGACAAAGCAAAUCAAACAGAACGAGCAAGUGAAUUUCACAUUAUAUGUUGGUCGUAGCAAAAUUAAGUCCGCCAAUUUGUUUAUUCAGGUUUGCCUAGAAGUACAUUUACUAGAGUAAUUCUAAAAAGUUCAGGUUGAAAGUGAGACUUGUGUACGUGAUAGAGAGGGUUGUAACGUAAUCAAACUUGAAAUAUUUAUUGCUAUCUAUGGUA